GCAGAUCUGAAAUCCAUCAAGAGCGCCCGGAAGCGCUUGCCCCGUUUCCCACAGCAGCUUUCCUCCCUUCGUGUGUUCAUGCGAUCGUCAGCAGACGGUGUUUUGGCGCUUUGAGGACCUUUAGGUUGUGCAAAUUAUCUGCUUGGUGGACAACGAGAAGAAGGGCUGCAUCCUCUAGAUUUCAAAAGACUCAGGUUUGAGCAUUAAGACGUCUCCCACUGGGUGUCACAGCGUGGUAGGCACACCUUGGUGACAUAUCUUGGCGGCAGGCUGUGGUCUCGAUUACCUGCGUGAGCGAUGGCUUCCGUGGAUAACUCGUCGCAACCCAGUGCUGCACCGGCGGCUACCGAUGCAUCAGCGCCAUCAUCUGGUGCACCCGAGAACGCGACAACAAGCGCAGGAACGCCAACACAUGGCACGCACGCAUCACUGGAGGCGUACAGUGCCACUUUCCUGUUUGACAAGCAGCUGACCACAAGCGAUGCUGGGGGCCACGGCCGUGUAGUGAUUCCCAAGGUGCAUGCAAGGGCACAUCUGCCCUCCUUAGAAGACAAGAAUGGGGUCCAUGUGGAGGUGAUCGACACCUACGGGACCCGACACCGCUUCCGCUACUGCUCAUGGAUUAACAACUCCAGCCGCAUGUACCUCCUCGAAGGCGUCGCUCCAGCCCUGAAUGCGCUGAAGCUCAAGGCGGGGGACAUCCUGAUCUUUGCGAAGCUGCCCAAUGGGGAGCUGCUGCUGGGCGGCCGCACGCGCACCAGCGCCGACAAGGACCGCAAGGCGCCCCCACGCGCGCGCAAGGGCUCCGAGCAGGGCGCCAACGGGACCCCCGCCGCUGGGGCGAAGCGCCCCCGCCUGAAUGGUGGUGCCACUGGAGGGCCGCAGCAGCGCCAGAAGUCAAACGCAAGCCCUCUCAUGUACAGGCCGCUGUGCGAUGGAGUUUUCCGCGCUGUGCCGCCGACCAUCAGUGCCAGGGAGUACUGUGGCAAGGUCCUGCAGCAGGGUGGGACCUGGACAGCCAUCUUGGAUGUGUCAGGAGAGGCGUACCAAGCAUUCUUCGACUCCCAGGGUGCUGCGAUGGAAGCUUUGAAUGCAGCCGGGGUCCUUCCAAGGGAGGUGCUUCAGGUCGUGGUGGGAAGGCAGGGCGCGGUAGAGGCAAUGGAAGGGCGAGUGGACCUGGCCGAGACAGUCAGGGAAAGGCUGCUGACAGAGAUCAGGCGGGCUCGGCAAAGAAGAAGGGGCUCAAGGUGGCACGCGGAGGAGUGCAGAAGCAGGGUGCUGGAAAGGGCAAGGUGAUGGCGGUGCCGGUGAAGACAACAGGGGCGCAGCGCGGUGGGGGUGGGGGCAGAAGGGGCGGCGCGGGCGGCAGGGGUGGAGGCGGCAGGCAGCAACCGCAGCAGGCGCUGCACCCUGCCGCUCUCAAGAUCACCAUCAGGAACGAUAAGUUCACUGGGGAGGCGCCGUCCGCGACCUGGAACAACGAUCAGGGGUCGGACCCGUACACAGUUGGCGGUUUCGGUCCGCGCAGUGGGUACUACGGCCAGGCAGCCGGGCAGGCAGCCGGCCCGCUGACGUUUGGCGGGGCCUCUGCGGCAACCUCGAUGGCAGCCCCGCGCCAGCAACGCCCUGUGUGGGCGGCGGCAGGCGGAUACUACAACGGCACACAGCACGAUGAUCGCACUGGAGCAAGCGGCGCCGUGCGGCGGCCAGUUGCCACCCAGUGGCCCGCUCAGACAGGGUAUGGCAGCGGCAGCCUCCGGAUGGACCAGGAGACCCAGAGAUAUUGAGCUCCGCACCUUUGCCACCAUCAUGGAGACAGGCAUCAUCCUUUGUGUGAAAAUGAAGAGGUCUCUUGAGUGUACCAGAAAAGAAUGUAACAUGUUGACGAAAUCCACACGUGCUGGAGGUUCUAGGCGUCUCAUUGUCUCAUUGCUUGUGUCAGAACAGAAAAGGACUCGAGUGAAAUUUUGUGGAUAAAAGUUUACAUUGAGGGGAAGGUUGGUGCUGGCUACCAAAAUGACUAUCUUAGAUCAACCUGCAACACCGUGCAUGAUUGUUGCAACCUGACAUCAAGUCAGAAAGUUUCUGGUAUGCAACGUCUAAAGACCGCUAUGGUGCAUCGACCGUGGAUUUGUAACAGGCAACUG